GAUCAUUGGAGCCGCAGACAGACUAAAUUCAAAGCUCAACACACUUCUCUAUUUGUUCAUCUUCCAUUAAAUUGUCUUUCCCCUUCCAUAUUCAAUUGUCAGAAGAGAGAAAUAGCAACAAGUAAGUGUCGGCCCUGUUUUUAAUACUAGAACAGAGCAACCUCUGAUUUUACCACUUUCUUUCUAGUUCACUAAACUAAGACACUAGUAUUUCAAAAUGAAACCCUUUUACAUAUUCUUGAUUCUCCUAACCUUAUUUUCUUCAGUACAAUCUUCAUGCAAAACUAAAGACCAAAAAUUAAUUUCAAAAGCUUUCAAAUCUGUCUCUUGGUUCAACUCUUCCACCUUCACAUGUUCAGAGUCUCAUAUCACCAAAAUAAUUCUUCCCUCCAAAAAUCUAACCGGAACAAUUUCAUGGGGUUACCUCAAAAACAUGUCAAAGUUACAAAUUCUUGAUCUUUCUGGAAAUUCUCUACAAGGCCACGUACCAACCUGGUUUUGGUCUGGUUUUUCAUCUUUAUUGGAAGUGAAUCUCUCAAGAAACAAAUUCGGAGGAAGGAUCAAUAACACCUCGUUUUCAAUUUCAACCAUUCAAAAACUUAAUCUCUCACACAACAGGUUCAGCAACAUAGUUCAACUUUCUACCUUCCAAAACCUUAAAAUCCUCGACCUUUCAGACAACAACCUAAGAACACUUCCUUUAGGUUUUCAAAAUCUCACCAAACUACAACACCUUGAUCUUUCUAGCUGCAAUCUCAAUGAUAACAUAAAACCCAUUUCUUCUUUACACACACUUCAUUACUUAGAUUUAUCAAACAACAAUUUAACCGGUAAUUUCCCUUCUGAUUUUCCACCACUUAAAAAUCUUAAAUUUCUCAACAUUUCAAACAACAACUUCAUCUAUAACAACAAGACUCCAAACCAAAAUCAAAAUCAAGUCAUCAUUCAUAGAAAAAAACAAACCAAACCCAAAUCAAAAAAAUUGAUUCUUGCAAUAUGUUCUGCAUUAUCAACACUUGUUCUGGCUAUAAUUUCCAUUUGGGUAAUCCUAAUUAUUCACAAAAAGAUGAAACAACGUUCUAAGAUGAAGAAGUGGGCAAUUUCAUUACCAGUUAUGAUGAACACGAUGAACACAAAGGUAGAGAAAACAGGGCCGUUUGAAUUUGAAACAGAGUCAGGUUCAACAUGGGUUGCAGAUGUGAAAGAACCAACAUCUGCACCAGUUGUGAUGUUUGAGAAGCCAUUGAUGAACUUCACUUUCAAGGAUCUCAUCAUUGCCACGUCACAUUUCGGGAAAGAAUCGCAGUUGGCAGAAGGAAGGUGUGGCCCUGUGUAUUGGGCUGUUUUACCUGGUGAACUCCACGUGGCAAUUAAGGUUCUUGAACAUGCGAGAGACGUUGAUUAUGAUGACUCUGUUGCUAUGUUCGUUGACUUGGCGAAGUUGAAGCAUCCUAAUUUGUUGACUCUCUCUGGUUACUGUAUUGCAGGUAAGGAAAAGUUGGUGCUAUACGAGUUUAUGGCAAACGGCGAUUUAGGUCGAUGGCUACAUGAGCUUCCAACAGGGGAUACCAAUGUUGAGGAUUGGACUGAUGACACAUGGGAGUUGCAAACCGGUGUGGUGGAAGCAUCCCCGAAAAUGAUGGGUUGGUUGACACGCCACCGUAUCGCGGUGGGCAUAGCGCGUGGCCUUGCAUAUCUCCAUCAUGCGAGUUCAAAACCUAUUGUGCACGGACACCUUGUCACCUCCAACAUUUUGCUUACUGAUGAUUUUGAGCCUCGAAUCUCCGAUUUUGGAUUGCAAAUCAACUCAAGUUCCAAUGGCGGGACAAAGGAUGAUGUGUACUGCUUUGGAGUGGUGUUGAUUGAGCUGCUUACCGGGAGGGUUGGCACAACUGAGACAAUUAUUGUUGCUAGAAAGGCAGUGAAGGAGGAACAACACGUUAGAGUGCUUGAUGAGAGGUUGCUACUCGAAGGUGAUUCAAUGGUGAGCGAGAUGGUGGAGAGCCUCAUAAUCGGUUUUUUGUGCACGGCUGAGUCGCCUUCCAAGAGACCCACCAUGCAACAAGUUUUGGGAUUACUCAAAGAUAUUCAUCCUCAUGAACCAUCAUUCUAAGUUGAUGUCAAUAUAUUCAUGUCUUAAUUUGCAUUGUUUAGCUUUUAUGUUUGUUUAAAAAUAGUUUAUGUUAAUUUAGAAAUUCAAAAUAUAUUUAAUUUGUCUAUUUUUUUUUUUAUUUUACAUUUAGAUAUUAUUAAUUUAGAUAUUUUAAACUUAAA